GGAGGGGUGGACAUGGGUGACAGGGAUAGACAGGGGGUGGACGGGGUUAAGAAGGGGUAACAGAGGGUAGGAAAGGGUACAGUACCUUUUUGCCAUUUUUCUUCACUACACUGGCACAGUAACAAAAUCCUCAAACACACUGGGGGGGAUUUUGUAGCCUAUCUUAACGUCAAUGCCAUGAACAUGGCUUUUACGAGUGUUUUUGGAGGAGAUAGCCUUGAAUUUUUGGAUCUUAAACUAUACGUGGAGAAUAACCAGCUUCUGGCACGAGGCUAUAGGAAAGAAGUGGCAAGAAAUGCUCUUUUACACUAUAAGAGCUCCCACCCUAUUGAAACUAAAAAUUCUAUUCCGUACAGCCAGCUUCUACGUCUAAAAAGAAAUAAUAGCAAGCAGUCUGAUUAUGAGGAACAAGCAGGACACUUACUUACACGCUUUAGACAGCGUCAGUAUCCUAAUGAAGUAUUGGCACGAGCUUACAGGAGAGCUGCAACUAAAAACAGAGAGGACUUACUUAUAGAUUCAAAAAAUAAGAUAAAAGAUUUUCAGUCUACUACUGAACAGAAUUCAAGAUUCAUGUUUGCUUUUAAAAACAGCCCUUUGAAUCAUGUCAUUAAAUCUGCCAUCACCAAGAACUGGCAUCUACUCAUGGCAGAUCCAGAUAUUGUGAAUACAGUCCAGAAUAGACCUACAGUGACCUUCAGAAAAAACAAGACGAUCGCUGAUUUAUUGAAGGGUCAGAAGUUUAAUAGAGAAGCACAUCCCAAGGAGACUUGGUUGUCUGGUAUAGCCCCGAAAGGGAAUAAGAAUUGCGGUUUCUGUCCUCAAUGCCCUCAUAACAUCAAUGCGAUUUCUAUCAAAUUAGGGAGUUAUGUUUUUGAAAUAAAACACCUCAUCACCUGCCGGAGCACCUUUGUUGUAUAUUUUUUAUGUUGUAGUUGCCAAUUCUUUUAUAUUGGAAAAACCGAGAGACAACUCCGGGCUCGAGUACGAGAGCAUAUGUACUCAGUUCGUAAAGGAGGCGGAUCCCCAACAUUUGUCCAGCAUAUGCAAUCCAUACAUGGUGGCAAUUGCACCACGUUAAAAUUUGGAGGUCUUGAAACAAUCCCUUGUCACCCUUCUGGAGGAGAUAGACGCCGCCUGCUCCUGCGUGCUGAGGCGCGAUGGAUAUUGCGCCUUGACGCGCAGGGGCCGUUAGGGUUAAAUGAUAAACUAGAUUUUUCCCCUUUUUUUAUAAAUUUCCCUUUAUUCAGGGCAGUUCUAGGUCUAUUAGUAGUGAUGUACUUACCUAACUUGCUUUUUGCUUCCUUAUGUGGUUUCUGUUCCGUUCAUUUCUUAAUGCAACACGGGGUGAGAGUUCACCUGGAAUCAUGUGACUCACCAGCUGCACCUUUAUAAUUCGCACAGCGCGAUGACGUUAACGAGGCCGGAUGAAGCGCAUUCCUAUGCGUGAAACCGCCGGCAGUCGCCUCUGAGCGCUCCACUAUCCAUGUCCUCCGUGUUCGAGUCGCGACCCGAGAUGGGAGCAGGAUUACCUGGACUGAAGCGGUGAGUGCAGGACACCUUUUUUCUUCAUUUACUAUUAUUUGGUGACUACGGUCUUUAUUGUCCUAGCACCUCCGUUGCCAGGGUGGAUUUCCAGACUAGCGGGACGUCGUCUCCAUCUCGUGGUCUUAGGAGGCCUAAGAGGAUCAGAAUCAUAGUGAGGAGACGUCUGGGCGUCUGCAGAGAGAAGAUUUAGCUGGAACAAGUCCCGUGUUGCAGCUCUCCUGUAAGCUCGUGCCAAUACUUCAUUAGGAUACUGACGCUGUCUAAAGCGUGUAAGUAAGUGUCCUGCUUGUUCCUCAUAAUCAGACUGCUUGCUAUUAU